GCCCACUCCUGCACCUCCGUUUGCGACGGACGUCUCGCCCUUGGGAGCCGGUCCGUCUUUCAACACGAACAGCUAAUUUAGAAGCUCGAAACGCGUCAAAGUCGAAAUUUUCGAAGAAGUGACUGCCUAGAUGCUCAUCGCCUCAUGGUAUCCCCUCAAAUUCGCGCGUCCAACCACGGGCAACUCUCCAGACCGAGCCAUCCACAACUUCAUGCGUAGCGCCACCACGUCUCGUCGCAAAUCACAGAUCGCAAGGCAGACCGACAUCGAGUGUGCGAUCUAGGUACAACUACAUACAUAAAGAGUUGGGAAUGAAGCCAGGCACUCCAGCAGUGAUUGCCUGUCCGUAAGAAGGGUGGAGCAGGCCACGCGCAAGUCGUCGCUGGCAGGCAGAGCCUGGGCGGCGAUCCAGAACAGGACCCCAACGAAGCUCCGCAGCUGGAUUUCAAGUGUCCCCAACGAAAUGGCGGCCGCGGGAUCAGCUAGUAGCGCUCCCCUCACCGAGGACGAGCUGCAGCAAAGCGCGACAAAUACCGACGAGGCUCCCGAGUUUGGCCAAGAUGACGAUGCCCCUGGUGACGAAGAUCCAGAUGCCGAGGGCGAGGAAUAUGAUGAGGAUGCUGAGGGUGACGAAGAUGCGGAGGGUGACGAGGACGCCGAAGGCGAGUACGAGGACUUGGACGUUCUACCAGAAGAAGCCGAGGAGGACGAGCAAGAAGGCGCUAUAGGAUCCGGGGACGGCGACCUCGGGAGCGACGCAGAUGCUGAGGGAGAAGAGGAUGAUAAUUACUACGACGAUGCCGAAGGCGAGCCGGAUGAUGAAGCCAUGGAAGACGCACAAAUGGGCCGGGGCAAAGAGGUCCCAGAAGACGAGGAGGAAGAAGAAAACGAGGACGAGGAGGGCGUAGGUGCUGUCAAGCUCCGGCCAGGCGAGACCGAUGACGAGGAAAGCGAGGCCAGCGAGGGCGAAUCGUAUCACGCCGAGAGCGAGGAGGCAUCCGAAGCAGAGGCCGACUGGAACGUCGCUGCAGACAACGACGACGAUGACGAUGAGUCGGAGAACGCGCCGGCUAACAUCUGCAUGUUCUGCAAGCAAGACGAGGAAAACGACCCUUGUGAGGAGUUCGAGAUCUUUCUGAGUUGUACCGGCUGUGGUGACAGUGCUCACCAGCAGUGUGCUCGGGAGAAUAAGGCGCUAGAGGGCAAGCAAACCUCCAAGUCGUGGAGAUGUCCAGAGUGCCAUGAGCAAUCCGAAGCCGAGCAGGACGAAUCCCAGGCUGAAUCCCCAGGUGAAUCCCAAGAGGACCUGAAUGAUGAAUUGAAUGGGAUCGUCGACGCCGAUUCGCCCCCUGCCACAAGACGGGCCACGGCCCCAAAGCUCGCCAGAGACCUCCUCCCAUCGCAAAGGGGUGCAGUGAAGCCAGAUUCACAUUCUGUGUUCAACCAGCUUGUUCUUGACGAUGACCCCAUGGAUGGGUCGCGCGUGCUUAGGAAACGCAAAACAUCCUCAGCGGAAGCUGACGAGCACGUUGUUGGCCUCCGCAAACGACGUAAGAACACCGGUGACAGUCAGACUCUCGAGGGUGUGGCAAGCGUCACAAAUGUCACAAACGCGGCAGAGGAGGACAGCCGUCCACGCUCUGCACGGUCCCUCAGGUUAAAGAUAUCAACCCAGGCGCCAGCGACAAUCAUCAAAAAGACCAGAACCACUCUUGUUCUGAAGUUCCGCGUCGCACCGACAGAACUGAAAAAGAUCACAUCCAAAAAGCCGAAGCCAUCCAGGUCUGGUGGGGGUGGGCGGCGCACGACAGCGUCUAGACCAGCCAGGGCGUCUGCUCCUUCACGCUCAAGAAGGGCGGCCACGCCUCCCGUCGCACCCUUCGCCUCCAACCUUUCGCAGCCGUUCUACUCCUUUUUCGACAAGGACAUGGACGACAAGGGCAAACCGUACGGAGGCAUCCUUACAGAGGCGGAGGCAGAUACUUCAAAGACAGUGCCGACCAACGAGGACCGCCGCCGUUUCGACGAAGCAAAACAGAAGGCUGAGGAGGACUGGCAGGAGCGGCUUUUGAAGAUGCAAGAAGAGAUCGAAGUCCCUGCCAAGAAAUCAAAGAAGUCGCAAGGCCCUGCGAGCCAGAUCGAGUGCAUCGAGUUCGGCGGCUGGGAGAUCGACACGUGGUACGCGGCACCGUACCCAGAAGAGUACAGCAGGAACCGUGUGCUCUUCAUCUGCGAGUUCUGCCUCAAGUACAUGAACUCGGACUAUGUUGCUUGGCGACACAAGCUGAAGUGCCCUGCAAAGCAUCCCCCAGGCGACGAAAUCUACAGGCAUGGAUCCAUUUCAGUCUUCGAAGUCGAUGGUCGCAAGAACCCGGUCUACUGCCAGAACCUGUGUCUACUGGCCAAACUUUUCUUGGGUUCGAAGACGCUCUACUACGAUGUUGAGCCGUUUCUCUUCUACGUGCUCUGCGAGUACGACGAUCUUGGCUACCACUUUGUGGGCUAUUUCUCGAAAGAGAAGAGGGCCAGCAGUCAGAACAACGUGUCCUGUAUCCUGACUCUGCCCAUCCACCAGCGAAAGGGAUACGGCAACCUCUUGAUCGACUUCUCUUACCUCCUUACUCGGGUAGAGGGGAAGACUGGGUCUCCUGAGAAGCCAUUGUCAGAUAUGGGCCUGGUGUCAUAUCGAAAUUAUUGGCGCCUGAUCAUGUGCCGAUAUCUACUCGAGCACUGCCCAGAGGACAAAUACGUCAAGAGAGGCCUCAGCAUCAAACAAAUAUCCGAUGACACUGGUCUCACGCCGGACGAUGUCAUCUCGGCCUUGGAAGGCCUGAGAUGCCUCGUCCGCGAGCCACAAACCCAGCUCUACGCCUUCAGGGUUGAUAUACAGUUUUGCAAGGAGUACGUUGCGAAGUGGGAGUCCAAGAACUAUGUUCAGCUCGACCCGAGCAUGUUGACUUGGACGCCCUAUGUUAUGGGCCGCAGCAACGCUACAAACUUCGAGCUCGCACCCGCUAUACAUGCCAUCGCCCCUAGGGAUGAAGAUGACGAGCAGAAAGCGGAGGAAGCUGUGGUUGCAGAGAUUGUGGAGAACGGCAUGCCUGUUGCUGUCCAAGUUGAACCCGAAGCAGAGGCCGAAGUACCUACCGAGGUUAACGCGGAAAUCGAAGCCGGCGCCGCGACUAACGGCAUCGGCGACGACGCGGAAGCGGCUGAGAAGGAAGCGCAGGCUGCCAGGGAGGCAGCCGACACGCCAAUCAAGUCUACUGAGCCCAACGAAAUGGGAACGGACGGGGCAAGUGACUUGGGCAAUGGCAACGGGCCCGUGGCCGAUACAACGGAGUAUGGAUCCGAGCAACGAGUGACUGAGCCCGAAGCGGCUGGGAACGUGGUCGAACAGAAGCACUCGAGUGCAAAGGACUCUGAGAACAAGGAGAAUUCUUGGGUGGAUGCCUACAGUGGCAUUCCGCCCACCAGGUUCGUUGUGUACCCUCACAUCCACGGUGGGAGACGUACCACAACCAUCCGACCGAUGACGACCCCUCGGCCUCCGGCGGUUCGGACAGCCAGCGUAUCUCGGCCGAAAGCCCGGAGACCAACCGGGAGCCGGCGAUCUGCGGGGCCAAAGGCCAGAAGCAGUAGCAGCAGCGCGCGGAGGAAGCCCGGUGGCACGGGGCGAGGGCCAGGUCGCUGGCCAAAGGGCACGAAGAAGAGCGACUACGGUAAUGCCGAUAGCGGUCCGGGCCUGCCGCCAGGGUGGUUGGAGCAGCGGCGACUGGAACUCGCUGCGGGCGGGAAGAUUACGACGCAAGAGGCGGAGGAGUCUCUUGGCGUCAGCAGCGAUGGUGUCCAAGGGAAAGUGGCCGAGAGCCGGGCCACAGCCAGCCCACGCCAAGUCAAUGGCAACGGUGCAGCUUCUUCUAGGAGCAGCAGCAGCAGCAGCAGCCGUAAGACAAAUGAGACCGGCGAUGGCGACGGCGACGUCGCCAUGGCUGAUGCCGAGGACAUGGCUGCUUAGAGAGGAAACAAGUGGCUCUCUUUUCUAUUCAGUAGCUUGUCGAAGGCCUUUUGAUGAAUUGCUAGCAAGGCGUUGGGAAAUUAUUGUGUAUCUAUGUAUUACUACUAUCGAUGGACUGGAGUAGUGGGUGGAAGUUGAGUCGACAACUGAACCGAAGGACUAUUUAGCACAGGCGCCGUGAAGCCUCGUUGCCGCUUAGAAGAUAAUGGACAAGGGUGUUCGAUGGAGCUUCUGGUCUACUCUCCAGGCUACCGGUGCGGGUCCAGUGGAUGGAACGGUUCAAACGAUAAUGCUAAUAUUAGCGAGAGUGCCAGAUAGGCGGGCUGGUUAGCAUACGUGCAAGGGACGGGACGCCAG